UUUAAUUGAAUAUUAAUAAUGCAAUAUGAUAAAAGGUUUUUAAUUCAAAAUCGAUGUCGCAUAACUGAUGAGAGUUAUUGCAAAUUUCUGCAGCAGUUGAAAAGCGAGUUCAAAUACAAACAGAAAAUUCAAUAAAUCAUGAAUAUAAGCAGUAAAAUAAUAUUAAAGUUAUUAUUUUAUUACUUUAAAAUUCUUGGUUUCAUCCCGUACGUUUACUACAAACCUGGAAUAUUAAAAAGAUCUAAAAGUGCAACUAUUUACACCGUGAUCCUCACAUUAGGAUACAGUAAAAAUGUGAUGAAUGUUAUGUUGUCGCGAUCAUCAUUUAUACGUCCACGAGAAACAAUCCUUGCCGUUAUUGUUGACUUAGUCAGUCUUAUGUUGGAGUACAUUGCAAUAUCAAUGAUUUGGAUUUAUUCAAUAACCCGUUUUAAUCAAGUACAAGGUAUCUUAAAAUUGUUUCUAAAAACUUUAGAAAGUACGUCAGUGAUAAUGAAAAUUAAUAUGACGAAAAUUUAUGAUGACAUACUGCGAGAAAUGUUUAUUUUUGUAUUAUCUUUGAACAUAUUAUUCAUAAUUACUGUAACAACCGAUUUGAUAAUUUGUUACGGUGAAAUUAAAGACUACGAUUUUCCUGUUUGGAUUAUAUUCAAUUAUCCACGAGUUAUACCGCUGAAUUACGCAAUGGUACAUAUAUAUUUUGUAAAAAUUUUAGGAAGACAUUUUUGUCUUCUCAACAAAAACAUUGGUUACCUGCCUGAAGUAUAUGCUGAUGAAGAUUCUUCAAUGGAAAUAAUUAAAAUAAGGUUUAAGCCACGUGAGAUAGAUGAAAAAUUACGAAAAUUUGAUAAACUUGAUCUGGACCUCAGAAAUCAAAUAAAAAUGUCAAACGAGAUAUUCGCGUUACCAUUUAUCACAGUGUUAUUGCUUCAAUUUUCACAUUCAAUUUUCAAUUUGUAUUUAUUUAUGAAUUCCAUGAUGAACAAAGCUUUUUCUUGGCCAAUUUUGAUUAAUGUUAGUUGGAUUUUAAUGCGAAUGUUACUAUUACUUUUUUUUAUUGAUAAUUGUCACACAGUAUGCGAAGAGGCAAAUAAAAAAGUGAAAAUUUUGCAUGAGUCGUGGGCUUUGAAACGACUAGAUGGUUUCAAAGAAAUGUUGAAAAGUAUUUCUCUGCACCAACUUCAAGAGCCUGUAGAAAUAAAAUUUCACGAUGCGUUGAAACUGAACCACAAGUUGUUUUAUAAAAUGGCUGGCGUAACUACGACGUAUUUGAUAAUUAUGAUACAACUUGAUCAACAAGUACAACAUAGUCAUAAUCACCGGAUAUAAACUGAUGUUUGUCUAUAAUUCAUAAUAAAUUAUCAUUUGAAUUAGAUGUGAACUUGAGACUAGUUAUCAAAGGACGAAAAUAUAUUCAAGUAUUUUGUUUUAAAAUUGAUAAAAAACAAUUUAUAUUAUUAAUUGAAGAAUGACCUCAAUUGAUCAAAUAUAAAUAAUGAAAAAUAUAUUUUUAUCACGGAAUUUUUUCAUUCUCGUGCAAUAAAUUACAGUAAUCCACUUAACUAAUUGAGCAUUUCUUCUAUUUAUAAUCUGCGAUAUUGACGUCGUCACGUAACUAAUAAAAAUUAUCAUAAAAUACUGCAACAUUAAAGUUAAGUGGAAACGUAAAUUAACUAUUAUACGCUCUACAUAAAAAUUUAAAUUUAUAGGCUAACAAAAAAUAUGCGUACAAACAA